UCUUCCUUAUUAGACUGAGAACGUCCCUCCUCCCGGUGUAACCAGAGGAGCUUCUUGACUUGCUCAUCCUGUCUGUGUCAGCAUUUGAAUACCUCUUUCUUUUCAAUUUCCUAAGACUGCCUUUCGAAAUACUUCAGGCGUCAACAGCAAGAGGAAGUCACUUGACAGAGAAGGACAGAAGAAAGACGAUAUGGAUAGAGAACACACACUCAACGGGGAGGCCGUCGCUCUCAAUAAACCCAAUGACAAAGACAUAGAGGUGGUAACAUCUCCCUCAGGCAAGGUGUAUCGGGCUAUCAACAUUAACCACUAUGCCACCAAGAAGAGUGCCGCUCAAAGCAUGCUGGAUGUGGCCUUGCUGAUGGCCAACUCGUCCCAGUUGAAGACCGUUCUCUAUGUUGGGCCGCAGUAUCGUUUCUACAUCCCCCUCAUUGUCCUCCUGUGUCUGUCCAUUACGCUGCAAGUCAUCGUGGGGGUUCUGCUCGUUUUUAUAGCGAAGUACGAUCUGAACGACGUGCGUAAACAUGCCAAGUUGAACAGGAUGAACAAUGUGGCGACUGUUAUGGUGUUCUUCAUGGUGCUCAUCAACAUCUUCAUCACGGCGUUGGGCUUUGAGGGACACGCUCUCAGGCCAUCAAAAUACGGCGCAAUGUUUGAAGCGACACCUGAGAUGUCCCCGCAACGUUCUGAACUCGACAUGACGACUGGCCUUUGAACCUGCACCGCUUUCACCUACCGUAAUUUCCGGACUAUAAGCCGCGACUUUUUUCCAAAAUUCUGAACCCUGCGGCUUAUAGUCAGGUGUGGCUUAUUUGAGGAUUUUUUUCGUGAGUUUUGUGAUGACUUUUAUACACUGCGGUAUCUUGAAGAAAAAACCAACAACAAAAAUACUACUUUGAAACACUACUAUGGCUGCUGCUUAUUCUGGCUGUGUUGCUUGUGACUAUUAUGAGCUUUAGUUGGAAUGCACGCUAGGUGACCUGCGUCAAAGGGCUCUAAACCCUUUCUCUUACUCUGCCAUGUGACUCAGAGAUUACACAAAGCAAUGGCGCUGUUUGGACCAUCUGCAUUGUAUUAAAACCCAAUCAAUCAGCAUUUAAAUUCAAUUCUUCUGACAUUUUGCUCACCAAAAACAAGUUGUAAUGAACGUGAACUUUUAAUGCAUUUUAUUCAGAAGGUUACUUUGAACCCCGAGGCUUAAGUGGCGGCGUGGCCUAUUCAUGGAUUUUUACGGCCUCCAGGGGGCGCUCUAGCAGGAAGCAAGAGUGAGACAGACGAAGAAGAGAUAAUGCGCCGAAGAAGACGUGCUAGUUUGUCAAGACGGACAUUACUGAAAGGAAGCUUUUAUGCACAAACCGUCAUUAUGGGGGACAAAAGAAAUGCAUAUGAGGCCGCUUUUAAGCUAAAGGCAGUCGAUGUUGAUGACAUUGUGUUGCGUCACCCUUUUCUUUAUUUCGUGGUCCCGUCUACUCUGGAGCUAUACGUGUCGCUCGCUAGUUUAAUGUAAUUUAGCGCUUUGUGCAUGAAUAAAAUUAGCAUGAACAGACCCUCAUCACACUCAAAAAAAUGCAUAAAAGCGACGACGAAAGAGAGACUGAGAAAGUGUGAGGCGAAGGAUAUCUAACGCUAUUCCAAUCGGACACUGAGGAGGAAGACUUUGAGGGUUUCGGUGCACAGGAGGAAUAUGAAGACGAUGAAGCUCUCUAUUUUACUUUUACUAGUAUGUUUUUUUAAUCAGCCCUGUUAGUGCUGUGCUACUGUGUUGCUGCUGUGUUACCACCGCGUCUCAGUGACUUUUACCAGUAUGUUUUAUUUAAUCAAACCCGAUUAGUGCUGUGUUACUUCCGUGUUGCUGCGGUAUUACUGCCGCGUCACAGGCAGUGUUUGGAAGGAAAUCUUAAGGUAUGUUAUUAAAACUUUAAAAAAGC